CAGAACCCCCAGAAUUGGCCAGAUAGCUGGAAGCUGCUGAUCGGAUUCCAAAUCUGUAUCCUCAACUUCUCAGUCUACAUUGGAAGCUCCGUCUACAUCUCCGGCGCAGGAGAUAUCAUGAAGGACUUCGGAGUCAGCCAGACUGUAGCAACACUAGGACUCUCCCUUUACACCGUCGGCUACGGCAUCGGCCCUAUGCUCUGGUCCCCCCUAUCCGAGUUCCCAAAGCUCGGGAGAAACGGCAUAUACGUUUACACCUUGCUCGCCUUCGUCCUACUCCAACUCCCCACCGGCUUCGCCACCAACAUGCCCAUGUUCCUCAUCUUCCGCUUCCUAACCGGCUUCUGCGGCAGCCCAUCCCUCUCAACCGGCGGCGCCACCCUAAUGGACGUCUACGACCCAGCUCGGGUCUUAUAUGGUAUUUGUAUUUAUUCUUCGUUCGGCGUCCUCGGCCCCGUCUUCGGCCCCAUCAUCGGCGGCUUCGUAGCACCAGCCAAAGGCUGGCGGUGGACCAUCUGGGUAUUCACCUGGCUGGACGCAUGCGUGCUAUUGAUGCUCUUCUUCCUGCUGCCCGAAACCAGCGCCGCGAACAUCCUUCUCAAGCGCGCGAAGCGGUUGAGGAAAGCGACAGGAGACAAGCGGCUACGCAGUCAGUCUGAGAUCGACGCCGCACACCACACCCUACGCGACGACCUGGUCAUCCUCAGCCGAGCCUUCACGCUGGCCUUUUCCGAGCCGAUCGUGUUCUUCAUGGACCUUUACACCGCUCUCCUGUACGGCGUACUGUUCCUCUGGUUCGAGUCCUUCCCGCUCGUCUUCGGUGGGAUCUACGGCUUCGACUCUGGCGCCCAGGGCCUCGUCUUCCUCGGAAUCUUCGUCGGCGCCAUCAUCACUGUCCCACUCUUCUUGCUCUGGGUGAGAUACCGCAUAACCCCCCGCCUCACGGACCCCUCGUUCAAGCCCGAGAUGCUGCUGCCGCCGAUGUUCUUGGGCGCCGCCGCUCUCCCUAUCUGCCUGUUCUGGUACGGCUGGUCCGCGAAGGAGAGCAUCCACUGGAUCAUGCCCAUCAUCGGCUCCAGUUUCUUCACCGUCGGCGUGGUAACGCUGUUCAACCCGGUGUUUAAUUACCUAGGGAUGGGGUACCCGGCGUACCCGGCGUCGAUAUUUGCGGGGAAUGCACUCUUUCGCGCUUCGUUUGGGGCGAGUUUUCCGCUGUUUGCACCAGCGCUUUUUCAUCGACUUGGUAUUGGGCCUGGAAAUUCGCUCCUUGGUGGGAUAGCGAUUUGCUUCGUUCCUAUUCCUUUUAUCUUCCAUUAUUAUGGCGAAAGGAUCCGUCACAUGAGCAAGAACGCUCGGCAUGAUAUCUGA